AUGUUAAUCAGAGGCGCCAAAGAAAUUCUCACAAAGACACCACAAGAUGUGGUCGUCCUGUCCUCCGUCCGCAGUCCCAUCGGGCGCGCCUACAAGGGCGGCUUCAAAGACUCCUACCCCGAGGAAAUCCUAAUGCCCGUUAUGCAAGCCGCCGUCAAGAAAGCCAACAUCAACCCUGGCGAUGUCAACGACGCUAUGAUCGGAAAUGUCCUGGCUGAGCUGGGUUUCGCUAAGACUGGCCGCAUGGCGCUCAACCACGCUGGUUUCCCUAACUCGACUACCUUCCAUACCGUUAACCGUCAGUGCUCUAGCAGUUUGCAGGCAUUGACGCAUGUUGCGAACUCGAUUUUGGUUGGACAGAUUGAUGUUGGUUUGGCUGGUGGUGUUGAGAGCAUGACGCGGAAUUACGCGACCCGGGCUAUUCCUGUUGAUAUUUCGCCAGUGCUCAAGGACUCGCCGGUUAAGGAUGCCAAGGACUGCAUCCUUCCCAUGUUGAAGACUUCGGAGAAUGUUGCGGCACGGUACAAUGUUGGUCGGAAGGAGCAGGACGAGUUCGCGGUGGAGAGUCAGCGACGGGCUAGUGAGGCGCAGAAGUCGGGACGGUUUGCGGAUGAGAUUGUCCCGAUCAAUGCGCGUCAUAUCAACCCGGAGACGAAGGAAGAGACAACCAAGCUGGUUGAGCAUGACGAGGGUGUUCGCCAUGGCGUGACUUACGAGAAGUUGUCGGGUCUCAAGGCUGUCCUUGAGGGAGGGGCCAGCACGGCUGGUAACUCGUCGCAAAUUUCCGACGGUGCCUCGACAACCAUCCUCGCUAGCCGCGCCUGGGCAGACGCCCACGGCUUGAAGCCCAUUGCACGCUUCGCCGGUACUCAGGUGGCCGGCAACAACCCCGACGAAAUGGGUAUCUCGCCCGUUUUCGCUAUCCGAAACCUCUACAGAUACUGCGGCAUUGAGCAGAGCGACGUUGGCAUCUUCGAACUGAACGAAGCCUUCGCCAGCCAGAGCAUCUACUGUGUGCGCGAGCUGGGCAUCGACAUGGCCAAGGUUAAUCCCAACGGUGGUGCUAUUGCCCUAGGUCACCCCAUUGGUGCUACUGGUACCCGACAGGUUGCUACGUUGCUGGCGGAGAUGCUGAAGCAGGAUACUGAGAUGGGUAUUGUGAGCAUGUGUGCUAGUACCGGAAUGGGUGUAGCCUCGCUGUUCAUCCGCGAGUAA